GUCUGCGUUUAACUGCAAUCCAUCACAAAAUGAAGGCUGUAUUACCACUUCUGGCUAUUGUGUUACUGGCAGGAAUCUCCCAGUGUUACGGAACUUUGUGCGAUGAUGGCGCAGCGGUCGACUGUUUUGUUGAACCGUGUCAAGUUAGCAAUUGUGAUGGUGUUCAUGAAGCAAAGUGCAUCGAUGAUUACUGUGCAGGUUGCAAAGCCAGGUGGUUCGUUGGUGAGACUGAAGUCACGGAGAAGUGUACAGUAGCGUAA